GAAUAUGCCAAAUGCAAGGGCAAAAUAUGGCUAUGGCACUGUUGUGGAUAAUCAUCAGCUCGAUCGUCCUCUCCGCGCCCGGGUUUGCGAAUGCCGGUGACAGAAUCGUGGAAGGGACCGUGGCAUUCGCCUCUGUCGGGCGAGCGCACUACGCAUUCGAUGUGUUCUUGCUGGAUUUCCGCCCGUGGGAGCUCGAGAAUGCAAGCCUAGGGCCGCAUUUGGAGUUUCGGGCCACCGAUGGCGUCUCUGUCAACUACAACGGGGCGCUGGUGGAUGAUUCUCAGCGGCGAGUGAUCUUCGAGGCGCUGGAUUUCCGCGGUGAGCAGCAGGGUGAUGGGAGCCAAGGGAUUCUUAUCUAUGUCUCCGAGCGGGAUGGCGCUGCUGAGGUUCGAUUCAAUCUCUUUUACCAGGGGCAACGCGAUCGAGGCGAGCGAAGUCUCGGAAAUAUCGAGAGCGGCUCUCAAGAAUCUCAUGGAAACAGGAGGGAUGCGCUGGAAAUCCAUGGCGAUAGAGGGAAUUCCCAGAAUUUCAUCGAUUUGGGGAAGCUAUGGUCGAGCAGCGAGGUGGAACCGACAGCGCUCUACGACAGACCGUCGGUGGCCGAUGGGAGAGUGAUCUUCGUCUCGACAAGGAAGCCGCGAGAGCAGUCGAGGCAAAGCUGGGCGGCAGUCUACUCCAUGGACAUCGUCACGAAGAAAAUCACGAGGCUCACUCCAGAGGGCGUCACAGACUACAGCCCUUCGGUCUCUCCAUCUGGGAAGUUCGUCAUGGUUGCUUCGGACGAUGGUCGAGGCUGGGGAGGAGAGAUCGAAGAGCUUGACACGGAUCUAUACUCUUUUCAAGCCUGGGAUGGAUCCGGAAGAAAGCUCGUGGUGAAGAAUGGAGGCUGGCCAUCUUGGUCGGACGAUUCGACCGUCUUCUUUCACAGGAGAGCCGAGGAUGGGUGGUGGAGCGUCUACAAGGCCACUUUCUCAAAGUCCUUCACGGCGAUUCGAGAGGAAAGGAUCACACCACCGGGAGUUCAUGCGUUCACUCCAGCGGCUUCACGGACAGGGAAAUGGAUUGCUGUAGCAACUCGAAGAGCCGGCUCGCUAUACCGUCACGUAGAGGUGUUUGAUCUCGGCUCGAGGAAGUUCCACAAACUUAGCGAGCUCGUUGCUCCGGAGGCUCAUCACUACAACCCUUUUGUCUCGCCAGAGUCGGACAAGAUCGGGUAUCACAGAUGCCGGGGAAAGGGAGUGACUCCUCGGCUGGAGCACAUCAAGUCUCCAGUUCCAGGAAUCUCUCUCGUGCGAGUUGACGGGGACUUCCCCGUGUUCUCUCCCGAUGGAGAGUCCAUAGCUUUCAUCCCCGACUUGGACGAAGGUGGCAUUUACGUGACGCGGCUCAACGGCUCGGGCAUGACCAAAGUUUUCGACAAGCCGGCCUUCGGACUCUCCUGGGACAAGCAGAGGAAAGGCGUUCUCUACACGAGCUAUGGCCCGGGAUUCGUGCCGGAGGACACCAUCGUUCACAUCGUCUCCAUUCUCAACGCGGACGAGCUCAUCGCCGGCGGCGGAGGUGCAGUCAAGUGGAAGAUCCUGACGAAGAGCGGCACCAAGAACAACGCAUUCCCAUCGCCAUCGCCCGACGGCAAGUGGAUCGUCUUCCGGUCCGGACGCUCGGGACACAAGAACCUCUACAUCAUGGACGCGAUCCAUGGCGAAGAAGCAAGCUUGAGGAGACUCACCGAGGGGGCCUGGACGGACACAAUGGCGAGCUGGUCACACGACGGAGAAUGGAUCGCGUUCUCGUCGGAUCGACACAACCCCGGCGGUGGCAGCUUCCAGCUCUACUUUGUUCGUCCCGAUGGUAGCCAACUCCACAGAGUUCUCAACUCCAGCACUGGAGGGCGAGUGAACCAUCCGUUCUUCAGCCCGGAUUCCAGGAGCUUGGUGUUCACCACGGACUACGCUGGCGUGUCCGCGGAUCCGAUCGCUGUUCCGGCGCAGUUCCAGCCGUAUGGAGAGAUUUUCAUGGCGAGAAUCGAUGGGAGCGAGCUCGUCCGGCUCACGCACAACGCGUACGAAGAUGGAACUCCAUCCUGGGGGCCUGUGAAGUUAGAUUCGAGCGCUCUCACUGGGGAAGGGAAGAAGGCCCGCUGUGGCUUUAGAGACACGAGAUGGCUCAAGCCCGUCAUAGCUCAAGCCCGCCAUGGCUAGAUUCAUAGUCAGCCGCUAGAUGCGAGCCAUCGGACGGUCUACAUAAAUUUAAAUGUAGUUCAUAGCA